AUGACGCACAACGCAACACACUCCAGUGCGGCAUCAGCCGUCAUGUCUUGGGCGGCGCAGACUUCCAACAUGCCCUCCAUUGCCGACGAGGACAUUGGCGACGUCGAUGAACCCCCCGAUUCGCGUCUGCCCUACUCGCCCAUGAAGAGCACCUUCACUCGCAACCCGAUUCGCAACUCGGUGGACGUCCACCACCACCAGUCGCUGCUCACCAAGGCUCUGCACUACGAACCUGAAGAAGAGCACACCGAACCUCGGUCUUCGCUUCACCUCUUUGGUCUUCGACGCUGCACUACGAGCAACGCCAGCAUUGCCUCGACCGCCGACUUGACUAGCGAUACGGGCAUGACCAGCCCAUCGCGGACCAACACACCCAGUCCUCCCCUACCUGAACUCCGCUUCCUGAAGCUGAACAACGAGCCGGCCCGUGCCGCGAAGGAGGCCCCUCUUGCAGGAGGAGAGGAGUCCCAGAAGACUGCGCCACCUAGGAAACGAUGCAUCCAGUUUGCGUGCGCCGCGAAGCCCACCGCAGCGCCCAAGCCUGUUGAGGCACCGAAACCCCAGGAUCAGGCCAUCGAGCCCAAGCCUGAUGCGCCUCGCAAGCGGUGCAUCAAAUUUGCUUGCCCUGCUCCUCGACCUGUCAACCAAUCCACCCCUCCCCAACACGUUGAGCACCUCGAGGCUGCCGCUUCUCGUCUGCAGCCCCACACCCCCGACAGCUCUCCUGCCACUGUCAGGAAGCAUCGCUUCUCCUCGAGCCACUCACGGUCUCCCCGCCCCCCGGCGGCGCGCCGCUCCUCCCGCGACCCUGCUCGCAAGCCCAUGUCCACCAAGAAGUACAUUACUGUGGACGACAAGGAUCUUCAGAAUGAAGCAUCCCGCUUCCACGAGUUUGCCAGCGACGACCACUGUGACGAGGACUGGAUGCGAGAGACUGUUCCUGUUGCAGGCCGCAAGAUGACCGUCAAUGAUACCCUGGCGAAGGAGAAUGAGAUUCGCAAGCUCGCUAAAGAAGCCGAAGAGGAGGCCGAUGAAGAGGAAAACGAUGACGAGACGGCCAUCGAUGACGAUGACGACCUCAACGCCACCGCCGGCGAAGAGGAGGAGGAUGAGGACGAGGACGAGGACGAUGAUGACAUUGACGACGGUCUCUCCGGCUACGUUACCGAGGAUGAGGACGAUGAUUCCAUCGGUUAUCACACUGACGAGGAGACUGGCUUUGCCGACUCGGACGACGAGGCUGAUGACGACCUUCAGCUAUGGACUCCCGCGCAGCCCGCCCUCCGCCUUUCCGGUCCUUCAUCUGCAACACCUGUUGGACGUCGUGCGUCUAUCGGCCAUCAGUCCGAUUCUUCCCUCGGCUCUAUCAGCAGCGUUCGGGCUGUCCGUUCUGGCAAGUCUCGUCGCAUCAAGAUCCGCCCUGGCACUCCUGAGCUUCCUGACAGUACCGACUUUGUCUGCGGUACCCUUGAUGAGGACCGUCCCAUCGAAGACGCCUAUCUCUCGUGUCUUGCUGCCCGCAGGCGUGAGAAGCUUCACGUCAUUCCUCAGGACAUCGACCUACACGCCAGCGAUGACGAUGACGUCUGGCUGCACGGCGAGAUGGACGACCUUGACCACCAGCAAGAGAGGCGCAGCCGCAAGAAGAAGAGCGAGCACAGCUCUCCCAAGCGUUAUCACUCGCCGCCCCCAAAACAGCGUUACCACUCGCCUCCUCCCAAGAACCGCGGUCGCUCACCACCCCCCAAGAGGUUGUUUGACCGCCGUUCUCCUUGCCGCAUGGGGUCGCCUGCUCUUCAGGUCGUCAGGUCACCGCCUGCGUCUCUGCGUACCGGGCCUCAGGCCAUCGCCUUCAAGGAGCUUGCCUCCCGCCCGGGUCUCACCAUGACCAAGUCGUUGCCUCGCCCAGCCGCAUGGUUCAACAUGCGCAACGGCCGUCGCAACAAGGCAUUGAUGCCCAACGCUCAUGACAACGAUGUUCACAUUCGUAGUGCCAUCGACAUUGUCAAGGGGUUGGAGCAGAAGCGCCAACGUCGCAAGGAGAAGUACUAUCAGAAAUACUGCAACCGCGCCCGCAAGGGACAGAAGCCAGAGCGCAAGCCCAUGCCUGGCAUGGGCUGCGUUCGCAUGAGGGAACUCGGUUUGCUCAUGGCUGGCAAGAUUGACCAGGGCAAUUAUGUCUUGUCUGUCUGAGUGGCCACUUCACAGGUCCAUUUUCUUAGUCUUCUUCCUCGUCUUGUAUUUUUUGCAUAGGGGCCACAUUACACCCCCGAGUACGGCGUUCAGCAUUGGCUUUUGCCAGGGAGCUUACAGCAGCAUCAGCAUGAUCCACACGUUCCUGUUUAUUUUCUUUGUCUGCUUCACUUCAUGGCACAUAUUUUCUACACUUAAAGAGAGCCUCGAAUUGGGAGGAAGACUCUGUAUAUACUUUGACGACCGAGAGUGAGUAGGAGGGAGCCGACGGCAGCAGCGAAGGCUCGAUACCCUGGGAUAGCUCAUUCGCUUGCAUGGGAUGGUCCGGAGAGACCACUGGGGAGCAUUUAUAAUGACACGGGCGGCUUUGCCGUUCUGACGAUGAAUUUUCUG